CCAGUAUGCAUACUCCAGCGAUAGGAUUGAGGAAACAAAGGAAGAAAGGUAUGUGUUUAUUGCGAGACUGGCAACUCUUACAGACCAAAAAGAAAAGGACCUUAUGUUUGAGGAAAAACGUGCAGAGCUGCAUAGUAAAAUGUUAGCAGCAAAGCGGCAAGAACUUGAUGAGAGGAAAAGGUUGCAAGCAGAGGGUGCAAGAUUGCGAAGAGAGUUGCAAGAGCACAAAGACAAACAGACUGCAACCGUCCUUCAUACCAAGCAAGAGGUAGCAGCAAUGAACCGAACCUUGCAAAAAGUGGAAACGCACCAAUACGAGUUUGAGGGAAUCUGGAAUACGUUUCUGCAAAAAUCCGCCAAAGAUGUGGAUCUGCAUAUACAAUCGUAUAUUGAAAAAUUAGAUAAUCACAUUACCCAGACCUCUACUCCUGCCGUAAUUGAUAAGAUAGUCCGAGGCAGCGGCGGAGGAGGAGGAGAUGGAGAUGGAGACGGAGAUGGGGGAGAUGAUAAGAAAGGUAAGGGAGUGUUGCGGGACGAUAAAGACACUGAUCUUUAUCCCCGCACAAAGGAAGAGGGGAUGACGUACGAGAAGUUGAGCAAGAUCGCUAUAGAUCAUGCUGGCUUCUUGGCUGAAGCUAAUUACUGCCAUUACUGGAAAGAUCUGCAAGCGGGAAAGAAGUGGCAGAACCGCACAAUCUUAGGGAACAUACCUGGGAAAGACAAUCUCCUUCUGACCUUUGAAGAAGGAGGUGUCAAAACUCUCUUCUACGACCAGAUAGAUUAUGGUUUGGAGGGAGGACCCAACAGCACGGUAGUUCAGGAGGGGGACUACGCGGCUGUUGUAGCCCGCGGGGGAGGGCGACAAGGAAGAGGACGUGGCCGAGGAAGAGGAGGCCGCGGACGUAGUGGAAGAGGACCCGGUACCCAGAGGGGUGGUGGCGAAGGUAGCUACUACGUGGGUGGAAGGGGCAAUGGUCCCUCGCAAGGUAGCCGUGAUUCGUACUCCACCUGGGGAAGAGGAAGAGGCGCAUGGUAUGGCCGGAUCUUCGUCGACCUUCUCCUCCCUCGACCAGCCGACAUUGACGUUGCCUGCUCUCCUUCUUCCGUCCGGAAGUACAGGGAAUUUCUGACUCAAGCCCGCGCGAAUAUGCAAAAGGCUCAAGUCCGCAUGCAGCAGACAGCCAACAGGCGUCGCGUAUCAUGUCCCAUCCGCACCGGUGAUCUGGUUUGGGUCUCCGCGGAAGAGUUUGCACUGGAACAGGAUGUUUCACGCAAACUGCUUCCCAAGUGGUUUGGACCUUGGUCAGUGACAGCAGCCGCGGGCGAUGAGCCCGAUGGCCCUUCAUUUGUGAUCAACAUUCCAAAGCAUCUGACGGUGCAUCCGGUCUUCCACACCUCGAAGCUGGCAACUUACACGCCAGCCAAGAGCGACGACUUUCCGGACCGACGAUCGCAGGACCCUCCUUCUAUGGAUGGCCAUCAGGAAGUUGACCGCGUCAUCUCCGAUCGCAAGUACGGCAGCAAGCCGCGGCAGUAUAAAGUCACAUUCAAAGCAUGCGAUCGCGACGACACUCGGUGGAUAUCAGGCGCAGAUUUGAAAGCAUCCGCACCGUUGAUCUAAGCGCAUUAUGAAAAGCGCAGGUUAG